AUAACUCAGUAUCUAUUACUUAGUAAAUAUUGCUAAGGUGUGUAUUGUGUACACAUAUUUUAUUUUAAUCGAUAUAAAAAAUAUUCAUUUCGAAUAAACUAAUAUUGUGAAGUGCAUGUAGUGACUAAGUCUUCUUAUACUAAUGAAAUCUAAAUAAACAAGUGUCAAAAAUGGUUCGACCUCCAAAUCCUGCCACCAUGGUUACAGCGACUGGUUUACUGUUGAUGCUAUGGAUUAUUUCCAUACCUCAACCAUCUGCGCGUACGCCUCACCCUCUAUUACACCGAACAACAUUUAUACCUACAAAUUAUUCCAAGUUUCCAAUAUCGAAAGGAACAAAGAUUGUCAUAUCAUCAACUAAAGCUGACGACUCGCUUACAACUGCAAACAAAUCUUCAGAGAUACUUAUUCUUAGUGAUAUUUACGAAUCUGAUGAUGAAAAGAGUUAUUCUGAAUUGUGUCCAUUAUUAGGAUCUAAACUUCAGGUACUUAUAUUGGUAACAUCAGCACCUUCUCAUGUGGCACCAAGAAAUGCCAUACGAAUGACUUGGGGACAUUACGCAACCCGUUCUAAUAUAUCUUUAGCUUUUGUUAUUGGUACACCACCAGAUUCCCUUAAAGCUUUGGUUGAAGAUGAAGAUUUAUUGUAUGGUGAUAUAAUAAUCGGUGAUUUUGUCGAUUCUUACAGUAAUCUUACGCUGAAAAGUAUAUUUAUGCUUGAAUGGGUGAAUAAACAUUGUCCUUUAGCAACAAGAAUACUUAAAACAGAUGAUGACAUGUUUAUAAAUGUGCCUAAAUUGAUAGACUUUAUGGAGAACCCUUUAAGAUUGAAAAUGACUAAAACGAUUUGGGGUAAGGUGAUGAAGAAAUCUCUACCCAAAAGGUCGAGUCGCUCAAAAUAUUAUGUUCCAAAUAAUGAAUUUCCAGGUAAAGUUUACCCUGAUUUCACGACUGGACCAGCAUAUUUAAUGACAGCUGAUGUAAUCGAAGAUUUACUAGAUGCGUCUAAUACAGAACCGUAUGUUAGACUUGAAGAUGUUUACAUUACUGGUAUAUUAGCUGAAAAAUUAGGAAUCAAAAGACAACAUGCCACAGAGUUUUAUAAUAAAAAAAUCAAAGACACAUGUAUGAUAAAACGAGGAAUAUCAGUACAUAUGGUGAAAUAUCACGAACAGUUCGAUUUGUGGAAGAAACUACAGGAUGGUAUGACAAAAUGUACAAAAUAGUCGCAAAUUAAGCACAUAAUUUACAUGUGCCAAUGAAUAAAACUCAUCCAAUCCAGGAGCAUUGACAAAAAGGCAAACCUCUGACACCUCUUCAGAGAGGUGAGGAUGUAAGCGGGUCUGAUUCCAGUAGGAAGAAUGCAUUGAAACUAAGACGAUUGUUUAGUAGACAAAUGGUGACUGGUGAGAGAUACUUUGAACUUUAAACAAGACGUUGAGCAGACAUAUGGUCACGUCUGUAUCCCUUGCGGGGGAGACAGAGCCAACAGUCUUGAAAAGUCUGAAUUCCACGGCCACGUUCAGCUAUUUGGCUUAAUGAUAGAAUUGAGAUUCAAAUAGUGACAGGUUGCUAGCUCAUCGCCUAAAAAAGAAUCCCCAGUUGGUAAGCCUAUAAGAAAGAGAUGGAGUGGUCCUAUUCUUUUUUGUAUUGGUGCCGGGAACCACACGGCACAUACAUAUUUACAAUUAUUAACGCAUAAACUUUACAUAGGCAGUGUAAAUGGUAAUAUAUUUAUUUAUGUACACAUAAAAAGACAUACAGAAAUUUUAGUACAAGUACUUAUUUCAAUAGUUAUUGCUUCCAGUAGACCCGUGGGAGGUGAAAUGAAUGAUGUUGAAAAUGAGGUUUAGACAACCGUAGACAAAAUGAAAGUAUGGAGGGAUCCUGACAAGUGGAAUAAUUUGAAAUUUCAAGAAGAUUGAUUCUAAAUUCACUCCGCGCCAUCUAUGUAAGAGUGCACAGGUUUUUCGCAAAUCCCACGGGAACGAUAAUUUUUUUUCAGAAUAAAAGGUACCCUAUGUCCUUCUGCAUACUCUGAACUAAUAUAUGCGAAAUUUCAAGAAUAUUGUUUGUGGAGAUAACGCGUGAAAAGACAACAAAGAAACAAACAAACUUACUUUCGCAUUUAUAAUAUUAGUUAGGAAUAGGAUAAAUCAUAAUUAUUUAUUCCUUGAAUAUGGUUACAAUAAGGGUCUUCAGUACCUAUUUAGGUACAGUUUCCGUUAACACAUAUUCUACCUUUGAAGGCGUCGGAAUUAUAUACAUAUAUUUUAAAUAAGCAGCGGUAUAAAGGCCCUGUCUAAUUAUGAUAAUUUUGACAAUAUUGUAUAUAAUGUGAAACUGCAAAUAAAGUUGAACUACAAUGUUUA